AUGUCUUCCAACGGUCAAUCCACAGAUACUAAUCGAGUCCAUGCUGGCAAGGUUGCAAUUGUAACGGGUUCAGCACGAAGCAUUGGCGCUGGAAUUGCUCGGAAUCUUGCAUCUAAGGGUGCUAACAUCCUAAUAAGCUAUCUAACCGAAGCAUCAGACAAUUCUGCUGCUGAGCUCGCAGAAGAGCUUACUAAGAAACAUGGCGUAGUCGCGGUGCCAUGUCGAUCUGAUAUCUCCACACCAGAAGGUUGUGCCUCCAUCAUCGAAGCUUGUAUAUCAAAGAUGCCUCCGAAUACCAAAACCAACAAGCUCCAAAUCGACAUUCUAAUCAACUGCGCUGCUAUUAUGAUAGGCAUUGGCCCUCUUGAAAGCGUUACACAUGCGGACUUUAUCAAGUCAUACGAGACCAACGUACUAGCACCCAUCUUGCUCACAGGCGCAUGCAAGCCCUACCUACCUACAGAUCGAUCAGGAAGAAUUGUAAAUGUUUCCAGCAUUGGACAGAAGGUCGGCACUCCAUAUUUGACGCUCUAUAACGGAACAAAGGGUGCGCUUGAGGCUAUGACAAGGACCUGGUCGAGAGAAUUGGCUGAACACGCCACCGUCAACACUAUCAACCCUGGUUCAGUGCUCACUGAUAUGUUCCGUCAAUGUAGUGAUGAUGUGCUUGCAGCGCAAGCACAGUGGAGUCCUCUGAUCCCAUUGUCGGGUGUACGGGAGUGGGACACGGAAGAAGUCAAGGCAGUGGGCAAGAAAUGGGGUGGUCGUCCGGCAUAUGUUGAGGAAAUCGCUGGCAUUGUUGCUAUGGUUUGUAGUCCAGAGAGUGCAUGGAUGACCGGUAGUGUUGUCAGUGCAAACGGUGGGCAAUGUUUUAGCACGUAA